CAGUGAUUGAACAGCAGCAGUGAAGCGUUUCAUCUGUGGCCAUUUGAUCCAGGAGCUGCAGGAGGCCUAGCGUUUCUUACUGAAGACUUAUAUCACCUGUGUUUCAUGGGACCAGAGAAGCUGCAGAACUCUGCAGUGGUAUUUGAGUUGACCGGCUGUGGGCAGGAGGACUGAGUCAGGAGUCCAUCUUAAACCCAGAUCAUUGACGUAACCAACCCUCUGACAGGGUCAUGGUGUACCUGGCCCACACGGUUCACUGGCAGUUCCUGGGCCUAGUGAUUGGCUGUGUAGGCUGGAUCCUGACCAUGGCCACCGCGGGCCACAACGAGUGGAGGCUGUGGUAUGUAGAGGACGUCUCCGUGGUAAACUCUGGCGUGGCCUGGGUGGGCGUGUGGCGGGCGUGUUUCUACAGCCACACUCUACCCGACUCAGAGUUCUGCCAGCCAAUCAGCAUUGCCGAUCUGUUUGUUCCUGUGGAGAUCUCCGUGGCACAGGUGGUCAUCAUGGUAGCAGUGAUAACUGGACUCUUGGGAAACAUCCUUGGUGCGUACGCAGUGAGGAACAUCUAUUUUGGUCAGAAGACUCAUGACUUUAUCAGACUGAUGUUCUCAGGGGCCGGGGGGCUGUACGUCCUGACAGGGGUCAGCUUUCUGGUCCCUCUAGUCUGGAACGUGAAAUCUGUCCUGACUAAUCAGACUGUAGCAUUCCCCCCAGAGUUCCACCUCCCUCCUGCCCCCCUCAGACAGGAAGUGGGCGGAGCUAUCUGGAUGGGGGUCGGUGCUUCGAUCUUCCUUAUCUUUGGCGGUCUCCUAUUCCUCUGCUACAGGUAUGUUGUCAGGGCUAAGCCAGUCAGUGGAGAGAACGACAAGGACCCUCUACAUGGGCCACCCAUAAGACUAAAGUCUAUAUUAGAGAAUGGAGACAAGGAGACCAGAGACAACCCUGCCUUCCAGGCUGAUGAAGACUUUUAGGGCAGAGGGCAGACAAACAGGCACUUGUAAACUCCCCGUCGUGGAUUUAAAAGCAUAGAAUUGGUUUCAGCAUUGGCUGGAGAGAGUUUCUGCCAUUGUUUAAUACAUGCAAGAAAGUGAGGAAGUACACACUUUGGGAGAAGGGUGGGGAAUCCGAAUUCAACCAUAAAACACUGGAAAACAGAACCAUAGAACCCCUUCUCUCUGUGAAAUUAUAAUUUUAGCGUGAUUGUUGAAGUUUAGAGUACAGCUUUGACAAGUGCAUAGACGCAGUGAUCUAUAUUUUGGUCUCUGAUAAAUGUGACUAAUGAAAACUGCAAUUGUUUUGAUUGAUUGUAUAUAUUUGCAACCUAAUUUAUUUGAAAUGUUGUAACUGUAAUUUUGUAGUGAUCAUGCUUGAACUGUUGUUCUUGAGGCACCAUUACAAAUGAGACCUUGAUCUCAAUGGAUUCCGCAGUUAAACAAUAAUAAUAAAAUGAAAUGAACAUGACAAAGUUCAUGAAAUCCUUGGAAUAUCAUCAUGUGUAAAAUAACUUUUUUUUAAAUGUAAGUGAAAAGAAUGUGGCAGCUGUACUGUAUUGUUACUGCAUAUCAUUUCAUAAUAAAUAGAUGUUUUAUAUUGAAAUCA